CAUUUUUGAGCGUGGCCGUUUUUGCGUGAUGAUGGUGGAAAAUGAUUGAAAAGGUCGAAGGCAAAAAUGCGAGUGUACGUUGCAGUGAAAUUGUGCUGAAAUAAUUGCGUAAAUUUGUGAAAAGCUUGCUUGUAGUUCUUGCCAAAUAGUUAAACUUUGUGGAGGAGUUGAAAGUGCAUGUGAUUUUUGCAGAUUUCGUACGUUUUGAAAGAAGAAAGUGGCGUGUAAAGUGGCUGGCCUCCAUAACAGACAGCAGCUCAGCACUCAGCCAGCAGUACAAUAAUACGCAAUCUCACGAACGACGGCGGAAGAGCACUACUGGUGGGGGAUUUUCAUUGUGCACGAAUUCAGGCCAUCAGCCUUUCAAACGGGGCAAGAAACAGAGGUGUAGAAGAAACUGGUCAGCCGAAAACCAGGUUUUGCUGCGAUAGUUUCCAUUUUCCUCGGCCGGGACAGAGCACUAUGAGCGAUAAUUGGGUCGGCAAAUCGGUUUCGAUCCAGUGCCGUGGGGACAUUGGCGUUUUCCAGGGCGUCAUCAAGCAGGUCAGCCCGGCGGAGAUUGUCAUAACGAAGGCCGUGCGGAAUGGCAUUCCGUUGAAGAAAACCACCGUCGAAGUGACACUAACGUGUAAGGACAUUGAACGAUUGGAACUGAUUGCCAGUUCGAACGUGCCGAAUCUACUUCCGGUGAAGCAAUCACAGCCAACGCAGGGACCAAGUCAGUUGGAUAGUGCAGUUGUGAAUGGACUGGAUAGUCUAAAGCUAGGGAAAACAAACGGAAGAAACAAGACUCCACCGAACGACAACAGGACGUACACCAAUGGUAAGCUGUCGGCGAAAUCCCCGGGACCGAACAGGUACGGGAAUGGGCAGCAACAGCAGCAGCAGCAAAAGAACGGGUUCGAAAAUGGAUCAACCAAGAGUACAAGUCGGCCGAUUGAGAUUAACGGAACUUCCUCGUCGCAAAAAGCCUUUACACCGUACAAAAAUGAUAAUCAGAAGAAAAAGACCCGCAAUGGGAACGGAAACGGAAAUGGGAACAACCGGUAUGUCAAUAAAAACUCCGCAUUUGGCACUCCGGUGGAUGACCCGAUGAUGGACGAGGAAUUCGAUUUCGAGAAGAAUCUGGCCUUGUUCGACAAGCAGGCCAUUUGGGAUGAGAUAGAUGCCAUUCAGCAGAAGCCGGAUCUGCUCCGUCAGACGGGUGCAGCUGCCAAUCGGAAGUAUCGCCAUGACGAAAAUGUCCUCGCAUCGGAACCGACCCAGUAUCGGCAAAUCGAACUGGAAAAUUUAGUUUUAGAAACGGCAGCCGUCGUCAGCGGAAGCGGAGCCAUCCAGCAGGAAUACGUAACGGACGAGGGUCUGGUCAUCCCGUCGAUUCCCCGGAGCACCAGGAACCUCAUCCAACAGCUGGCGGAGAACCACGGCCUGGCGAUGGAACGCCAAAAUGAUCUCCUAGCCCGAGGGGCCACCGAAAUGGCACUGCAACUGCUGGGCGGGUCGCGGCGGCUGACUCCAAACAAUCAGCACCAGUGGCCCAAAAUUGUGAUCGUUUGUGAUGAACCGUACAAUGCAAGACUGAGCGAGAUUGGAAUUGCCACCGGCCGGCUGCUGGCUUGCCACGGGCUCAAGGUGGUCGUCUAUGUGUCCUGUGCCACCACGAGCACCCGGACCAGCCACGAGCUGGAGCUGUAUGCGGCCACGGGGAAUCUCUUUACGUUUAAUGUUAAUACGCUUCCAUCGUCGGACCUGGUGAUUGCGGCCAUCAAAUCGCACCGCCCGGCCGAACCGCUGCGCAAGUGGCUCGCGGAGAGCCGCGCCCCGGUACUGGCGAUUGAUCCGCCCGCCGGGGGACUCGAUUCCAUCUCGGCCAAAUGCUCAAUUCUGCCCAUCUUGCCGCUGAACGACCUCGGUCCGGAGAGUGCCACCGGUCGGUUGUACCUGUGCAGCCUGGGCAUUCCGGACAAGUUCUUCACCGAUUCGGGCAUCAAGUACAAAUCACCCUUCGACAAAGCAGUCAUUCCGAUCCACCGGCGAAAGGAGUAGGUAACUCUCCACGGAGCCGGGUCGUCAUCCAUCCAUCAUCAUCAUCAUCAAGCACCAGAAAGCCAAAUGAAGAAGACAAGUGUUAUGCGGGAGAUAUCAGGAGAAGCAUUUUAAUCGUGUAUCGUGUAGAAGAUUUGUUGUGUGUCUCUUUGUGCGACGCGAAGGAACGAGGCAGAGGAGUGCGCGAUCUGUCUGGGACGGAUGUUUUUUAAGAGAUUUUACCUUUUAUUUUGUGGACGAGUUCCCAAGCGCAACGGCGCAAAAGAGACAGCGCGAAGAUCAGAGGGAAGAAGAGAGGGAAAAGGAACAUAGGAAAGAAGUACGAAGCUGACACCAUGAAUGUCAGGUUCUUUGGGAGGCGUUUAUGGAGGUCGUUUGAACAUUGUUACCGUAGGUGGUUCUUCUGCGAAGAAAACCACAUCCCACGUCGAAGUCAAAACGGAAAUGACAAUAUAUACAUACGACGGAAAGACGUUGCAUAAACGCCGGGAAACAAACAAAUCAAA